GAAUGAUUUCUGAAUCAAACCCUCAUUCAUUCCCAUGAAUUCCACACUAAAUCCCCACGUUACCUCCCCUAACCCCUUCACACCUUUCCCCAAAACCCCCACCUUCAAUUUCUCAUUUCCACGUCUUAACCACCACCACAACCACCGCCGCCGCCGGUUUCAACCACCCUUCACCGUCACUUCAUCACUCAUCAACAACCCACAUGCCCCAUUUAACCCACCUACCACAGCCGGCCUUAAUUCCACACAGAAACGUCAAGAUAAGGUACUUAUACCUCAUGCAAUCAAACAAAUUUUAAAACCAAUUUCAAUUACUGUUUUAUGGAUUGUAAUUGGGUUAUGCCCAAUUCAAGGGUUUAACCAAAACCCUGCAAUUGCUGCACCAGUGAUAAGUGAGAUAUUGAAAGAUAAAAGAAGUAAAGGGAAAGAAAAUGUUCAGAACCGAAACGAUCACGAGUUUUCGGAGUAUACCCGGAGGCUGUUAGUGACAGUUUCCAAGUUAGUUAGGGUUAUAGAGGAAGUUAGGUCAGGAAAUGGGGAUUUGGAGAAUGUGAAUGUAGCGUUAAACGAUGUGAAGUUGAAGAAGAAGGAGUUACAGGAUGAGAUUUUGUGUAAACUUUACGCGGAGUUGAGUGUUUUGCGGGAGAAGAAGACGGAACUGGAUAAGAAGUCGGGGGCGAUUCUUGAUUCGGUGAUGAAGUCGAAGAGGGAGAGAGAUAGGGUUUUGGAGAAAGGCGGGGAUAAGAAGGCGAAGGAUCGGGUGGCGGUGGAGUUAGAUGAGGUGAUUAGUGAGAAAGAAAAGGAGUUUAUGGUGAUUUCGGAGGAAGUUGGUGAGAUUGAGGAUCAAAUGUCGGUUAAAGAGACGAUGGCUUUGAGUAUUGGUGUUAGGGAACUUUGUUUUAUAGAGAGGGAAAGCUCGGUGCUUGUCGAGAAUUUUGUUCGGGAAAUGAAGCGGAAAGACAAUAACAAGAUGCCUCAAAGCUCUCAUACCAAGCUUUCUAGAUCCGAAAUUAAAAAAGAACUACAAACUGCACAAAAGCAAUUCUGGGAGCAAACGAUUCUCUCAAAGGUAGUAGAAAACGAUGAUAUUGAAUUUCCGUUUGAUCAGAACUCCAUCGAAUUCAGUCGACGUGUGAAGCAAGCGCUUGCGGAAUCACGAGAAAUGCAGAAGAAUCUGGAAGCUAACAUUCGGAAGAAAAUGAAAAAGUUUGGCGAUGAAAAAUAUGUUAUUUUAAACAGCCCAGUUGAUGAAAUCGUGAAGGGUUAUCCCGAAGUUGAAAGUAAAUGGACAUUUGGAGAAAAAGAGGUUGUCGUUCCAAAGGCUGCUCGUGCACAUUUAUUUCACGGAUGGAAAAAAUGGCGUGAAGAAGCUAAAAAAGAUCUUAAAGAAAAAGUGUUAGAAGACGUCGAAUUUGGUAAAAAGUAUGUUGCUGAGAGACAGGAAAAAAUUCUUUUGGACCGUGAUCGAGUAUUGUCGAAAACGUGGUAUAACGAAGAAAGAAAUAGGUGGGAAAUGGAACCUAUAGCUGUCCCUUACGCUGUGUCUCAGAAGCUUGUGGAAAGUGCAAGAAUCAGACAUGAUUGGGCUGCAAUGUUUAUGACACUCAAGGGUGAUGACAAAGAGUAUUACGUCGAUUUGAAGGAAUAUGGUAGCAUGUUUGAAGAUUUUGGAGGAGUUGACGGGUUGUAUUUAAAGAUGCUUGCUUCAAAUGUUCCGACUUUUGUUCAGUUGAUGUGGAUCCCAUUCUCAGAGUUAGAUAUCAAACAACAAUUCCUUUUGCCAAUGCGGCUUUCCCGACAAGUGCUUGUUGGAUUAUGGAACGCUAGAGAUGUAUCUACCGUUGAUUGGAUCUUUAAUUGGUUCAAAAAUAUAACCCAAGACAUUAUGGUGCUAAUCGUUUGUCCUUUGCUGGAGCUUAUAGUUCCUACCUCGGUGAAGAUAAAGUUGUUUAGGACUAUACCCAUGAAGCAAUAUAUAAACUGGAAGUCGGAGGCAGAAGAGAAUAUUAAAUCCCAAAAAGAAGAUGAGGAAUUCAAUUGGUAUUUCAUGUUUGCAGUUAGGGCUAUAGUAUAUUGGUAUAUUUUAUCGCACGUAUUUCGUUUCCUGAAAAAAAGAACUCCCAAGCUUCCUGGAUUGAAGGUGCGACGAAGAAAUCCUAACAUGCGAAAGCUGAGAAGGCUGAAAUACUUCUACCGGGCUAUGUUGCGGGGAGCAAAAGCUAAGAAGAAGGAAGGCGUUGAUCCUAUCACCCACGCUUUUGACAAGAUGAAGAGAGUGAAAAAUCCGCCUAUACGUUUGAAAGAUUUUGCCAGCGUUGAGUUCAUGAGAGAAGAAAUCAAUGAAGUUAUUGCAUUUCUACAAAAUCCUCGUGCCUUUCAAGAAAUGGGUGCGCGUGCCCCUCGGGGAGUUCUAAUCGUAGGUGAGAGAGGAACCGGUAAAACCGCACUAGCCAUGGCUAUAGCCGCAGAGGCGAAGGUUCCGGUUGUUGAGGUUAAGGCUCAACAGUUAGAGGCGGGCUUAUGGGUGGGCCAGAGUGCAUCCAACGUUAGAGAACUGUUCCAAACAGCCCGAGAUCUGGCGCCUGUGAUCAUAUUUGUGGAAGAUUUUGAUCUCUUUGCUGGUAAACGAGGGAAGUUUAUACAUACUAAAAAGCAGGAUCACGAGGCUUUUAUUAAUCAACUUCUUGUGGAACUUGAUGGGUUUGAGAAACAGGAUGGGGUCGUUUUGAUGGCUACAACUCAAAAUCUGAAAAAAAUCGAUGAGGCUUUACAACGUCCAGGUAGAAUGGACAGAAUAUUCCAUCUUCAGCUACCAACACAAGCGGAAAGAGAGAGAAUACUUCAAAUCGCUGCGAAAGAAACUAUGGAUCCUGACCUUAUUGAUUUUGUUGAUUGGCAGAAGGUUGCUGAGAAAACGGCACUUUUACGUCCUGUAGAACUCAAACUUGUUCCUGUGGCUUUGGAGGGUAGUGCUUUCAGGACUAAAUUUCUCGACAGGGAUGAACUUUUGGGAUAUACGAGCUUUAUUGCGACGUUCAGCAAUAGUAUCCCCUCAUGGUUGAGGAAAACAAAACUUGCAAAGGCGAUGAGCAAAAUGCUGGUUGAUCAUCUCGGUUUGACUUUGACCAGAGAGGAUUUGCAAAAUGUGGUUGACUUAAUGGAGCCGUAUGGCCAGAUAACCAAUGGAAUUGAAUAUCUUAAUGUUCCCCUUGAUUGGACGAGAGAGACCAAGUUUCCACAUGCGGUGUGGGUUGCUGGACGUGGACUUAUUGCCGCUCUUUUACCAAACUACGAUGUGGUUGAUAACUUAUGGCUAGAGCCUUUAUCUUGGGAGGGAAUUGGGUGUACAAAGAUCACAAAGGCUAAAACCGGAGGCUCCGCUAUUGGAAACGUUGAAUCGAGAUCAUACCUUGAAAAGAAGCUUGUAUUUUGCUUUGGGUCGUAUGUUGCAUCUCAAAUGUUACUUCCGUUUGGCGAAGAAAAUAUUCUUUCUUCUUCUGAGUUGAAUCAAGCACAAGAGAUAGCUACAAGGAUGGUGAUUCAGUACGGGUGGGGACCCGAUGACAGUCCAGUAGUUUAUCACCAUGGCAAUGCAGUGACUGCUUUAAGCAUGGGGGACAAUUAUGAGUAUGAGAUGGCGGCUAAAGUAGAAAAGAUGUAUGAUUUAGCUUAUGAAAAAGCAAAAUCGAUUCUUUGGAGUAACCGCAUUGUUCUCGAAAAGAUUGUUGAGGAAUUGCUUGAAUCUGAGAUAUUGACAGGGAAGGACCUCGAAAGGAUCAUUUUAGCCAAUGGUGGGGUACGAGAGACGGAGCCGUUUUACCUUGGGAUCCGUAAUGAAGAGCCUGUGUUUGGGAGCUUGCUUGAAGAUGGGAAUGGAUCACAAAGUGUCCUUUUAUCUGCAGCAAACUAGAGAAAUCACCUCAUGAAGACACAUGAGAGUAGGCUUACUUAUACUGUAAGGGCUUUUAUGAUUUACUUUUGUAUUGCUUAAUGGAACAAUGUAUCAUCUAUAAUGUCGUAUGUAUAUUAGCAUAGUUGUAUGGUAUAGAGGCGUAGGAGAUCGAAAGGGAGAAGAGGCAUUAAUUUUUCCUUCUCAUUUGAUGAUACGGAUUUUGUUUGAACAUUUUUGAUAAUCCUUUUGGAUCGUAUCUCAUAUUUCAUUCUCAUAAACAUAUUACUUA